CACAUUUUAGUCUGAUCUUGGACAUGGACGGGUGUAUUUAUGACAGUGAAACCACAUUUUAAGAAAGAAUUCAAAAAAAUAUAUAUGCUACACAUAUAUAAAUAAAUUGUUGAUUGUGCAAAAAUAUUGAAACAAAACAAAAAAUAUUUAAACAAAAAAAAAAAAGAAAAAUAAAACAAAUCAAAUACAAAAAAAUAAAAUGCCGCUCAAAGAAGGCUAUGAUAAUUUGGAAGGCUUCGACAAUGGCCAUCCCGCAUCAACGAUAAUAACAAAUGAAACACCAUCGUCCGCCCCAAUUGGUCGUCUAAUUUCCAUGUCUGAUCCUAGUAUUUAUAAAAAAUCCACCUCAUCGUUGCGAACACCACACAAUUGCGUUCGAAAAAAAUCUAAUAUAAGUUUAAAUAACGGUGUCAGUAUCGGUUCGAUAUGUCUGAUACGUUCCACCUAUCAAGAAUCGGAUGACGGUACAACGGCACAUCUCGUGCCCGGUUCAACGAUCGAGUGUUGCCCACCGAAAUAUCGCAAAGAACGUCUUCUGUUUAUGACAUUCGUAUUAUUUUAUAUCGGUUUCUUGGCCCUCGGUGCCGUGCUAUUUCGUCACAUAGAAUAUCCUAUGGAGUUGAAGGAACGUUCAGCCAUUACAGCCCUGCGAAAUAGUUUUUUACAGAAAUAUACACAAGUUAAGGAUGACGAUUUGGAGGAAUUCCUUAAGGCUGUUAUUACGGCCAAUGAUCGCGGCAUUUCGCCGCUGCGCAAUGCCACAAAUGAAAUGAAUUGGAGCUUUGGCCAGGCCUUAUUCUUUUCCAGCACGGUCAUUACGACAAUUGGUUAUGGCCAUGUAACACCACUCAGUCAAACGGGCAAAAUAUUCUGCAUGAUUUAUGCUGCCAUUGGUAUACCACUGACGUUGGUCCUGCUGAGCGCCAUGGUGGAGAAAUUACUAAUACCGGCUAAUUGGCUGUUGGGAAAGCUGAAUUCGAGAUUAGGUCAUUUGUAUCAACCGUUCAAUAUUCGUGUUAUGCACUUGACCAUAAUCGUGAUAAUUGUUAUAAUUUUAUUCUUCGCCAUACCAACUGCUGUUUUCAGUUAUUUGGAACCCACAUGGGGCAUAUUGGAUGCUUUCUACUACUGCUUUAUAUCGUUGACAACAAUUGGCCUAGGAGAUUAUAUACCCGGUGAUGGCGUGUCCAUAGAUAAUCGUUCUUUGUAUAAAAUGUUAAUAACCGCCUAUUUAGUAUUGGGUCUCAUUGCCAUGAUGCUGGUUCUUACAAUCUUUUACGAUAUUCCACAGUUGAACUUGGGUCAACUAUUCACCGAAAGUACACUGGGCGAAACAGAGAAACUACGCUUAUCGGGAAAUAAUACCACGUGCUAUUCGGGACCGUCUGGCCUUUAUAUGCCACAGCGUAAUGAAGAUACAAGACGUGCUGUUGUUCGUAUACGUCCACAUGGCGGCGAUGAUUCACCCAGUCCCGAUGAAAUGCCAUCUUCGUCGUCACAAAGUAGAGAUUUACGCCUGCCAUAAGGUAACGGAAGACAGAACGAUAAGGCGGCAGAAGGCAAAGAAUGAAAACAAAAUGUUAAAGUAUUCGAACUACUGGUCUCAUUACUCUCUAUAUCUAGAUAUCAUUUGAGCAGGAGUGGUGCUGCAUACAUCAAGGCAAUGCCACUGCACAUGCAUAAGUAUGUAGAACAAGAAAAGAUUACAAAAACCCGGGAAAGCACAACAAAAACGUUUCAUGAAGAUCAAUUUAA